UAAGUUUGUUAUAGCUUGCGUUUUUUUUUGUAUAUUCAUGAUUGGUCAAACAUAUGUCAUAUCACGAAUUCUAUUGGCCAGAAUUGUUUUUGUAAGCAUAGAAAACGUAUACUGUCGGCCAUCACAAGAGGGCGCACUGAGGCGUCGGCCGACGCUGUUUUUUUUCCUCAUAAAAUAUUUGAUUCUUGCCGUAAUUUGUUCCGUUUUGCGUGAGUGGUGUGAAAGGUUUCUAUUUAGAAAAAAAUAAUUAAUUUGACAUUGUUUUGAUCCUCUAAGCACGAUGACUUCCAUAGAGGAUGGAGAGACGCACGCGUCUGAGGACGUACCAGCGGGAAACCCGGAUGAUUUAGCCAAAAACCCUAGUGCACUGAAAGAGGCCAAUGAGCAGAUGGCAACCUUAGAUGUGCUUGUGUGUGGUCAGUGCCACUCUGCAUUCCACUUUAUUGAAGAGUUCAAUGACCACAAGGCAGCCAAUAGUUGUUCUUCCAAGUCGCCAGUAAGAGAUAGUAAUGAAAGCAAAGCCCAAGUAUGGGCGUUCCUCCUAUGGAAGUGUUCAUCAGCGCGGGACGGGACCAACAUCAGCUCAGACAACAGUUGGAAGCUGUACCAGCAGUGGUGCCGCAUGCCGGAGUCUCAGAGGACCGCGUGGAUCACAGCCGGCUCCAAUGUGCAAGCUUUAUCCAAAUUUGCUCAUGCUAAAGUUAUGGAAUUGAAGACUGAUGACCAGCUGGUGCCUGUACAAGCAGUAACACAAGUAACAGAGGUCAAGAAACGCGGACGACCAAGAAAGGUCCUCAAGGAGGAUUCCGAGACUCAGCCCUCAGGUGAAGAAAGCGAUGGUAUGGUUAGAGCUAGUCCUGCCCAGAAGACUGUAUACAACAAAACGCCACUUAGUGCGAUAAAAGCCAAGGAAUUAGCGGACAAGGAAUCCGUCCGUAAUGCCCAAGAACGCGUGCCGCCGGAAGAGCGCAUCGCGCGCCGCACCGAGCGCGAGGGCGACCCCGCCGACGCCGGCGAAUAUGUCGUGGAGAAGAUCCUCGCCAAGAGGUUCAACCCCCGGCGGAAACAGUACGAGUACCUGCUCAAGUGGGAGGGAUAUCCGCAUGAACAGAACACAUGGGAGCCGAUAGAGAACAUGGAGACCUGCAAGCAUCUUCUAGAAGCAUUCGAGAAGCAGCUGGCGCGGCAGAAGGAGCUCAAGGCCCUGCGCGCGCAGCAGCAGCAACAGCAUCCCGUCCAGGUGAAACAAAUCAGCACACCACUUCCGCAAAUAGUGAAACAAAUGGUUAAGAAAACGGAAAGUCCCGCUUUGACUCCUACUGGACGCCUGCAGCGGUCUUCUAAAGUGCGCGCUCUCGACCAAGUGAAAGCGUGGUGCGGCGCCGAGGACGAGCCAGCCGCCAAGCGCGUCAAGAAAGAGGCCUCCAGCGAGGAUGAAGAUUACUCCGAUGGGGACGCUAAAGUUGACGCUCGGAUACUAAACGGACAGUCGUCUCCAAAAGGUAACGUGGACCCGGAGCUGGUCAAGUCGCUGGGGCUCGGCGGCAAGGGCAUGCCGAAUAUCAAGGGCGUCAUCAAAGUCGAUCCCAAGCACAUGCCUAAUCUUACCACUGGCGUCUACAUUAUGUCCAAGAGCUCAGGGAUAAUGAAGAUUGACUCGCCCGGCAAGCUCGGCCCGGGCCUUAAUAUAGACCAGGAUGUUAUUAGGAAACAGAUCUUAGCUGCCAAACAGAAAAAGCAAGAAGAAAAGAAGGCAACACCCACACAGGUAAAGAAGACAAUCGGCUCCGGCGGCCAGCAGGUGACGGAGAAGACGAUCAUCACACCUUCCGGACAGAAGAUUAUCCAGCGCACGAUACACCGGCCCGUCGGGCAGUCGCCCGAGGGCAAGUCUCCAGUCACCAUCCUCAACAAGAAACUAGCACAGGGCGACAGCCUGCUGCGGCGCGGCGCGGGGCGCGGGCGCGGCCGCGGCGGCAUGCAGGUGGCCACGGCGGCCGGCAACAUCGUGCGCAUCCGCGACAAGUCGCAAGUGCUGCCCUUCGACUUCGACCAGUCGGACGCGUCGUCGGACACGUCGGACGGCAUCACGGACCCGUUCCCGGCGGACCCGGGCCCGCUGCCGCCCGUGUCGCCGGAGCGCGAGCUGACGCUGUGCCCGCUGACCGGGCGCCGCCUGGCGCGCGCCGAGGGCGAGCCCACGCCGCCGCCCACGCCCAGCCCGCCGCCCACGCCGCCCACCCCGCCCACCCCGCCCACCCCGCCGCCGCAGACCAUACCCCAGCAGAUGCUCAUGAAGGUGGAGAUGUCCCCAGGAGGCACGACCGGCAUGUUAGUCCAAGGCGAUGGAACGCAGCAAUCUUUGCCUGUAUUGACGGACGACGACGGCACGGAGGUGAAAAUGGAAGCACAUGCGGUGAAGCAACUAUUAGAGGACGGCGGAGAAGGCGAGGGUGAGGAGGUGGGGCUGCUCCAAGCCGGCCACCCGCCCAUCAUGAUCCGCGGGGAGGACGGCGUGCUCUACCAGGUGGCCGGCGAGAACGAAGCUGGGCAGACGUUAUUGGUGGCCGCCGAGGGCAUGGAGGGCGCCGUGGAGGGGGUCGAGGGCGGCGCCGACGGAGACGGCGUCAUGUACGUCACGCGCGAGGACGGACAGGACGUGCUCGCGAUCGAUCCAUCGCAGCUGGCGCAGCUGAUGCCGGGCGGCGAGGCGCCGGCGCUGCAGCAGGUGGCCGUGCAGGUGGAGGGCGAGCCCGGCGAGGACGCCACGCAGGUCAUCGCGCAGCUGGUGCAGGCCGACCUGCCCUCGCCAGGCGGCACGCGGCGCGUAGUCCUGCUACUGCCAGACGGAAGCUUCACGAUGACGGAGCUGGACAAAGAGCAGUACGAGUCCAUCACAGAGGCCGGCAAGGCGCAGGAGUGAGCCCUGGCGGCUUAAGACUGACUAUGGCACACAACGCAUCAUUCAUACUUAAACCUCUGAUGACGAUUGCCAUACAAAGAUAGAGUCCGACCAAAGGUUCGAUUUAUAAAUUAUGUUUCAAAUUGUUUCGGCCCGAGGUUCAGUUUCGGUUGGACGAUAUACGUUGAUUAAAGCAAUCGACCCGAACACCUGGGAAACGGAAGCCCUUAAAAGAGCGGAGUGGCGUAACCUCUUACAUGACGGCAUAGCGAAGCAUGAUUAAGUCUGGCUCGAUGAUUUAAAGCAGAAAAGACUUCGGCUUCACAGGAACCAUCAACGGAUUCGCGUUUCACCUGCGAUCUUUGUGGCAGGAAGUGUCGUGCUGCGAUUCGACUUUACAGCCAUAGGAAAAGGUGUGCCGCACCUCCGAUCUCCGACGGCGCACAGACCUCUUCUUAAUAAACUGUCGCUGCAACAAUCAUCUUCAAGAUGCUGUGGCCAAUGAUGAUGAUGUAUGUAUGGCGGUCGGCAUCAGCGUCGAGCACGCUCGGUUAAGAGUGACGCUACACUAAGGAGGUAUAAUAUUCAAAUAAACUUACGGUUUAAUCUGCUCUUACACUUACCAUAACAUUGCAAGGUACUAAAAUAUUCACCACUUUUAUUAGUCCGUAGCUGAUGUAAGAUAAACCCGCGUAUUCCUAGUUGUAUAAAGAUGCGAUCUUAAGUAAACUGAAGAGAAAUAUGUAAAUAGAGUAUGAUCGGCUAUUUGUACAGGUGGUACAUGGUUGGGUGUGUAAGCUCAUUUAGUUAAUGUUUAGGUAUAAUUUAUGUGACCACGAAAUUUAUUUAAGGCAGUGAAUUAAUUAUGCCUUAUUUUAUUUAAUAAAAUAUCUUUCUUUUUGCCAAUCCAAGAUAAUCUGCAGCAAUGUAAUAAAUUCGUAUGCUUGAACUGAAUUGAAACAACCUAAGCAUCUGCGAUUUAUUGUAGGUAAAAUUAAAUUGUCAACACGGCGAAAUACAGCAUUCAAAAACACUACUACGUCAUAAGAUAGCAGUAAUAAAACAUAUCAAUAAAUUUACUUACAUCAUUUCCUUUUUUAACUCGUUCUAGUGUCUUUGUAAGGCGGUUGUACGAUUGGCGUCAGGUGAGCGUUUAAGGGCUGAUUUAGACGGCGCGCGAACUCGCAUGCGAUUUUAGUUACAAUGCGGACUGUUGGUUACGUCCAAUUCAACCGACCGAUCAAAAACUGCAAUGUAAUGAAACUCGCAUGCGAGUUCUCGCAUCGUCUAAAUUAGCCCUCGACUAUGUUUGUCACGCAAUGAAUAAUAUGCAAUAUAUAUUAGUCGUUAGCUGGUCACUGUCUGGCCAAACACACUCGCCCGCGAAGAAAGUGCCCUUGUGGCCUAUUUGCUGAAUUAAUGUUGUAGUUUAACUUCUUAAACAUGGCAACAAUUUAGUAUGGUUUUUUUUAAAUUCCAUUUUAAAGCCUGACCAGUAAUAUAUGAUCAUUGUCAAGAGGGCGCUUUUAUUCUAAUGUAUAGGCUGACAGUUCAGUAUAAUAUGAAAAAAUUAGUUCCAUUGAAAUUCUGCAACAUGGCGCGUGAUCAUAUAUUCCUGGUCAGGCUUUAUUUAAUUCUACUAUUUUAUGUUGCACUAUACCUAAAAGCUGCAAUAGACUACCGCACCUAGCCCUUGGUGCGAUGCGGCCCACCCAAGGCGCAUUAUCGAUUUGUCGAUAGUGUGUAAGGUGGUCGCCUCACGUGUGUUAAGGGCGCAGCUAUAAGUUAGAACACGAAAGAGAUAUUUUGACCGCAGCAAGGUCGCGGUGCGUUGCGAUAGUCUGUUACGGCUUUUAGCUAGAUUUUGUUUUAAAGUUGCCUUUGUUACUUCAUUAUAGUAAAACCAUCUAGAGUCUGUGCGGAAAGUGAAGAGUCGUAGAAUGUAUUUGAUCCCAUACGUUUCACGCAUAGAUGGUAGGAUCCUAUAGACGUGCUAUACGCGUGCCUCCGUGAGGGACAAAACAUAUGCAAUGCGACACUGUGAUUGGUCGAAUUUAUUUGUUGCCCACCAUAAUCCAUACUAAAUUGACGGUGGUGAAUAAAAAAAUGUGAGACAAGGAUAAACAAUAUUAGCGCUUUCGCUGCUACUCCUACUGAAAGAUACAUAAGACUAUCCCGUUCAGCUAUUUCCCCCACCCUACAUGCCUGAUCCAGUUAUAUACUAGAUUCAUGGUUUCACAACUCUUCUCUUUUUCCGCACAGACUUUACAUGAAAAUGUUCGUCUAAAUGCAUUGGAUGAAAUAUAAUAGAGAGUAUUAACGAAUAUCAUAAUUAAACUUGAUAUACUCUGGAUUCUACGGCUACACUGAAUUAAUAUUUAUGAAAUGAGCACCUGGUGAAGUAUUUUACGAUUGCAGAUUAAUGAGUUUCUUUUAUGAAUACCAUAUAUUGGACAAGAAGCAUUGAUUAUAGAGAGUAUAAAUUCAAAGGUAAUAUAGACUGCUAGUUCUUUAAAUAAUUUAGCGCCUUAAUUUGUAGUAUUCUACAUCUCUUCAUGCAUUGUAUAAAAUGACAUUUAUUUCCGAUCUGAGCCAAGAUUAUAUUAGUUAAUUUGAAGAUUAGGCUCGCCAUAAUUCUGCACUUACUAAAUUGGUCAAUAAUAUCAUCAUAUUAGAUGUAUAAUAUAGUAUGUAAAGUAUUUUUGGUUUUAUAUAUCUGUAACUAUUUUAAAUAAACAUUAUUUGCCACAAAA